AUGGCCAGAAGCCUUCGUUUAUGCUGCCUCUUGCUCAUCCUCGCGUGUAUGGCAAGAACAGCUCUGGCUGCGUCCCAGUCCAUGUGUCGCAUGGCGCUCGAAUGCAGUGUCGAAGGAGCAGAUUCACCCGAAGCGGCGUUACGUCAGGUAGACGAGCACGCGCUCGAAUCGAUGUACUGCGCCACCGGGUGCGAUUUUGUGGUCAACCAGGCCAUCACACACCCUUACCCAAAGUACCUCAAAUCGCCCUGCUCGGUGCACAAGGACGAGAACCAAGUCGAAUUUAAAAAGUACCAAGCUAAAGACGACAAGGAUGGCAACAAGAGACGAUCGCCAAGGUCGAGGAGGUCUGCUCCAGACAGAGAUCUGACGAGGAGGGACAUUGAUGCUUACACUGUUGGAAGUGCCACAUUUAGAUUCUGCUGCACUGAUGCGGCCGGCAAAGAUUACACGGAAGAAGCAGCAAGACGGAUCGGGCUCGAGCUGUCGAUUUGCAAGCGGCUGCCGUAG